AUGGAUUUAAAAAUGAAACUCGUAACGUUAUAUAUAUCCAGUCUUUUUAUAGUCGUCAAUACAGGGUCGGAAUUUAGACAAUACUGCUAUGAUUCAACUAUUCGAGGCUGUGAGGAACAUAUUCUGGAUUGUGGAGAAGGACAAGUUAUAACAACAGAUAUACCCAACUUUCAAGUCAGUUAUUAUAAGAAUAAAAACUAUCCAGAAUGUCAAACAGAGAAAGAUGAGUGUAAAAAUAAAACAACUUGUUGUAGAUAUAUUAACAGUAGUGUAACUAUACGGGCAACCAGAUUUACAGCGAACGAUGGGACUAAACUCAUAAACUUUAUAAAAACUGAAUGUUCUUUUAAAUCAAGCUGUAAGAUCAGUUUUUACUCUAUUGGUAGUUUGAAUCUUUACGAUUAUAUAAAAUAUACUUAUGGUUGUGUUCUGGUAACAAGAGCUGUCGACUUCUUGGUUAAUGGAUCAACUGAAUUUACUGGUAACAGAUUUCCAACUCUAUAUUAUCUGGAUUAUACCGCAAAUGGUUUGAAAGGUGAUAAUGAAAUGAAACUCAACAGAGAAUGUAGUGUGACAACAACGGAGAAUGAUUUAACUUUAACGAUUAAGAAAUUGAAUCUUCAGGCUGGUGACUGUUGUCGAUUUCACAUUUCUGGAUACAAUGUUUCGGAAUAUUGCUCACAGAAUGGUUCGUUUAUUCCACCCAAGGCUAAAUAUAUUAGUAGAAACACAGCUGCUAUAAAACUUGAGAAUGUUGCAAAUAAAGAUGGCGAUAAUUUCUCAAUUUUAAUAAGAGGUGCAGGUAAUGUAACUAUAGACUGUAGAACAAUUGAACACCUCAAUAAACAAGAGCCAGCUACCUGCCAAUAUCCGACACCACAGUCUAACUCUAUUAGUAAAAGUUCUACGUCUCCAACUAUUUGCAAAGAAAGUAUUAGAGCGUCUUCCAUGGAGAAAAGGGAAACGAAGUAUUCUGACAGAGAUCUGGCAUCAAUUAUUGGUGGAACUGUCGGAGUUUUGGUUUUCCUGAAUAUAAUAUUUAUCAUCAUUGUUGUAGUUAUCGUCAGAAGAAAACUACGAACUAAACAGACAACCAAUGAGAUUCAACAUUAUUCCAGUCUGGAUGGUUUGAGAAAUAGUCUAGAAAAUAAUUAUGCUGGAAUGGAAACAGCAUCACCGACUCGACCAUAG